AUGCUUACUGAAUUUUUUCCAUUUUGGACGAAAUACUGGUACUACGUGUUAAUUACUAUUGUAGCUUAUAUUUUUUUAAAAUUAUUUUAUAAAAUAUUGAAAAAGGACGUUACUUUUAUUGAAAAAAAUAAACAAAAUUUUGAUAUUUCAAAUAUCAUAAAGCAACUAAAAGAAACUAAUCAAGAAACAGAAGAUAAUGAGGAAUCUGCAUUACCAAAAGAUUUAAAACAUAUUCCUUAUGAAUAUAAAAGACCUUCUGAAAUAGAGUUAUUCUGUCAAGCUUCUGAGUUUUAUAAAAUAGUAACUGCUAGAAGAACUAUAAGAUUUUUCAGUUCUGACCCUGUACCAAAAGAAGUCAUAUAUGAGAUAAUAAAAGCUGCAGGUACAAUAUCAUGUUAUUACGUUCACAAAACUUUUUAUACAUCUGAGUCUGUUUUAGGCACUGCGCCUAGUGGUGCACAUACAGAACCAUGGACAUUCGUAGCGGUGUCAAAUCAGAAGAUAAAAGAACAAAUACGUUAUAUUGUUGAAAGCGAAGAAGAAAUAAAUUAUAAAAAAAGAAUGGGAGUAAAGUGGACAACUGACUUACUUCCAUUAAGAACAAAUUGGAUUAAAGAAUACCUGACUACCGCUCCUUAUUUGUUGCUUGUAUUUAAACAAAUUUAUGGAAUUUUACCAAAUGGAAAAAAGAAAAUUCAUUAUUAUAAUGAAAUGAGCACAUGUAUUGCUUGUGGUAUUCUCAUCACCGCUAUACAGUAUGCAGGUUUGGUAACUCUGACUUCUACUCCUUUAAAUUGUGGACCUGCCAUCCGCAACCUUCUUGGACGUCCUUCUAAUGAAAAGCUUGUUGUACUACUGCCAGUUGGUUAUCCAGCAAAGGAUGCUACAGUGCCUGAUCUUCAGCGAAAAUCUCUAUCUGAUAUUUUAGUAGAAAUUGAUUGACAUAUAUUAUAACAAAUUAUGGGAAUUAAAGUACCUUUGUUUAAUAUUUUAUCAGAUACUUGCUUGUAGGACAAUACAAAAAUGAGUACACAUAAUUAUAGAUUUAUAUAAAUCCUGUUUUUGUAAAAAAACU